UCUGGCAAUUAUUGCAUGAGGUGAGCUUGCAUAUUCGACAUACGAAGUUGUCAAGUUGUCAUUUUAUUCAACUCAUUUUGGGUUAGAAAAACGGGAAUUAUUUCAUUAAAAUUUGUUAAACUAAAUGAAUUAGGUUUAUAAUAGUUUAGUAUAAAUACAAGCUAACAAUAAAUAAUGGAUCGUUUACUUCGUUUGGGUGGCGGCAUGACCGGGUUGUCGCAAGCACCUCCGCCUACAGAUGCCCCCGCGGUGGACACCGCUGAGCAAGUUUACAUAUCGUCCUUAGCUCUCUUGAAGAUGCUGAAACACGGUCGCGCUGGAGUACCCAUGGAAGUCAUGGGGCUUAUGUUAGGCGAGUUUGUGGAUGACUACACGGUGCGCGUGAUCGACGUGUUCGCGAUGCCGCAGACAGGGACGGGCGUGUCGGUGGAGGCCGUGGACCCUGUGUUCCAGGCCAAGAUGUUGGACAUGCUGAAGCAGACUGGCCGCCCGGAGAUGGUGGUGGGCUGGUACCAUUCACACCCUGGGUUUGGCUGCUGGCUGUCAGGUGUAGACAUCAACACUCAGCAAUCAUUUGAAGCCCUGUCCGAGCGAGCAGUGGCAGUUGUGGUGGACCCCAUCCAGUCAGUGAAGGGCAAAGUAGUGAUAGAUGCAUUCCGCCUCAUCAACCCCAACAUGAUGGUGCUGGGACAGGAGCCCCGGCAGACCACCUCCAACCUCGGACAUCUGCAGAAGCCCUCAGUGCAAGCCUUGAUCCACGGCCUAAACCGUCACUACUAUUCCAUCAGUAUAAACUAUAGAAAGAAUGAGUUGGAGCAAAAGAUGCUGUUAAAUCUACACAAGAAGUCCUGGAUGGACGGCCUCACUCUCUCUAACUACAAGGACCAUUGCUCCAUCAACGACACCACCGUCACUGAUAUGCUGGAGCUGGCCAAGAACUACAACAAGGCACUAGAGGACGAGGAGAAGAUGACUCCCGAGCAGUUAGCUAUAAAGAAUGUCGGCAAACAAGACCCCAAGAGGCAUUUAGAAGAGAAAGUGGAUGUAUUGAUGUCAAACAACAUAGUCCAGUGUCUAGGAGCCAUGCUCGACACGAUGGUGUUCAAAUGAUGCCUGUGACUGACUAUUUGUAUCAAUUUUUAUUUAAGGCUAUAGAAAAGUGGCAAAUAAAGCAAAUCCCGUCUAACAGA